UUUUCAAUUUCUCUCCAACUCCUCGAGAAGCAGACCUCUAACCUGACUCUCAUGGCGACUGCGGCGAAAAGGGUAGAUAAGAUCCGCCAAAUCGUACGGCUCAAGCAAGUCAUGCAGCGGUGGAAGCACAUGAGCCUCCGGUUCCGGACCGACCCGUCUUGGUCCUCCGAUUCCGGUAAGACCCGGCGCAUACCGCCGGGUUAUCUGGCGUUGUAUGUUGGCCAGGAACGCAAGCGGUUCGUGAUCCCCACCCGGUUCCUGAACCUCCCGGUUUUCAAGGGUCUGCUGGCGAGAGCCGAGGAAGAGUUUGGGUUUCAGGGAAAUGGCGGUCUGGUUCUGCCCUGCGAAGCUGGGUUUUUCUCAGAAGUUUUGAAGAUUCUGAAGAGAGACGAGGGUAGAUUUGGGAGAUUUGGAUUGGAGGAGUUCAUGAAGAUGGUUUCUGAAGUGGGUUUGUCGUCUUGCAGGGAAACGACGUCGUGUGUGUACAUGGUCGAAGCAGAGAAGCCAAAUCCAAUAUUUCUAAAAGCUUGCGAUUUAUUGGGAGUGAAGCCCGAGGAUGCUGUACAUGUAGGGGAUGACCGCAGGAAUGAUAUAUGGGGUGCCAGAGAUGCAGGUUGUGAUGCUUGGCUUUGGGGAAGUGACGUUCACUCUUUUAAGGAGGUAAACUGUCAUACACAUCUCUUAUUUUUCUGGGUGUUACUUGAAAGAGAGUUUUAGCCUCUCAAUUUUGAUGUUUGUAAUAACAACUUUAGGAAGAGAACAUCAAGGGCAGUCUUCAGUUCA